AUGACGGUGCAGCCAAAGGCAGCGCUGAAUGUGGAAGCGCCGCCGUUCUACGCAAUGCUACCUGUUCGGGCCUUUAAGUUAUGUGUUAAAAGACUGCCGCGGAGCGUCACCACGGCAACGAUCGUUGCAUAUUUCUCGCGAUGGGGUGCUGUGCAGAAAGUGUUCCUCGCUGAUGAUUGCACUGUCUCGGGACUCACGAAGUUCGCAAUCGUCCACUUCUCCGAUUAUACCGAGGUGGAGGCAGCGAUGGCCCAAUUGCCGCAUGUCAUUGAUGGUGAAGUUCUGGCCACGUGCCGUGCAUCACUGUGCCCGUAUUGCAUCUUCUGGAGACAGACCGAGAAGCAACAGCAGCUGCAGUUGCUGCAAUAUCAGCAGCAGGUGAAAGAUGUUUCUGUGCCUGUCUUAGUGUGCUGCUGGGCACGUUCCUACGGUUUGGCUAAAGCUACGGCUGCGUUGUUUCCAAAUGCACCAUUGGGCCAUUAUUAUUUGGAUCAACCACUGCCAGAGCAUAGUGCUGGACAAAGUUGUGAUCAGGGCCCGAUCUGUGGCGAAACUCAACCGGAAGAACAAUCAGGCAUAGCUGAAGAAAACAGUGGCCCAAUUGGUUUAACCGUUGCUAGUAGCCAAAGUAUUGAUCAAGAAACAGUCCAGCAGCCCCGUUCAGCAGAGCGAUCGCCAGAGCCAGUUCGAUAG